AUGAUCCAUAAAAGUGUUGUUUUGGGGGCGGUUCUUCUUUUCAUAUUUACAGCAAUAGCUUGGGCAGAUUCAAAUCCUCUUAAAGGGGAAGAAACGGAUAACAAGCUGAACAAAGUUCUACCAACUGAUCAUGCCACAACACAGGAAGGUCCACACUACGAGAUAGAUAGCCACCACAAAGGAAGAGGAGGCAGGUUUGGUGGAAGAUUUGGAGGCGGCGGUAGAGGCAGUGGUGGUGGCGGUAGAGGAGGUGGUGGUGGCGGCGGCUGGGGAGGUGGCCAAGUAGGAGUAGAUGAAGUUGAUCCAACAGGCAGCAGUGGGUCCGGUUCAGGCGGGUAUGGAGGCGGUGGGUCUGGGUCAGGCUAUGGAAGCGGUGGGUCUGGGUCAGGCGGUUUAGGAAGCGGUGGGUCUGGGUCAGGUGGGUAUGGAGGCGGUGGAUCCGGGGGAUCUGGUGGGUAUGGAAGCGGUGGAUCUGGGUCAGGUGGGAAGGGAGGCAGUGGUUCCGGCGGAGGAGGGUAUGGAGGCGGUGGGAAGGGUGGUGGUUCAGGCGGAGGAGGGUAUGGAGGUGGUUCCGGCGGUGGUGGAAAGGGAGGACCGUAG